AUGACAUCAACAUUGGCAUCGAAAUACGCCUCCGAAUACUCUCACUACGCUUCAGAGUAUUCGUCCAUAACUGCGGCUCUGGCUACUGAGACGCACCAUGUCUCUACCAUAGUUCUGCAGAAGUCGCUGGAGUAUGUGUCUGUUUCGUUGGAUCUGCUUUCCAACCUUCAGGUCCUAGCCACUGCCACUGAAUCCAAAGUUAUCCAGUCGGCCGCAGCAGCCGUCCAGACAGCCCAAGUCUCGGCCAUUGCCAUUGAAAAUGAUAACUCGAUCUACGGAUCGCUUAAUCCUUCUCUCGGAGGAAAUGCUGCAUGUGCUGCAGUCAUGGGGGUGUUUCUCGUGGCCCACAUCCUGUUUGGUACUUACUUCAGACAAUGGUGGAUGUUAUGGUCCUUUUCAUGUGGAACCUUCCUCGAGUUUAUUGGCUACAUUGGUAGAUCUCUGUCCCAUAACCACAGAGAAGAAGAGAAUCCAUUCUUGCUGCAAAUUAUCUGUCUAACACUGGCUCCAUGCUUCAUCAUGGCCGGCAUAUACUAUAUGCUUGCCAAGAUUACCACCAUUUACGGCGCGCAUCUGUCGAAAUUGAAACCAAUGUGGUACUCCAACAUAUUUAUUGCCUGCGAUCUAGUUGCGAUCAUCCUUCAGGGAGCUGGUGGAGGAAUUGCUGCAGUUUCGUUGCAGACGUAUUCAAGCUCAGACAAUGGUACGCAUAUCAUGGUAGGUGGAUUGGCUGUGCAAGUUGCUACAAUGAUACUUUUUCAGUACUUCUGGUACGAUUUCCUUUAUGCUCUCUAUAAACAGAAGCGUGCUGCACGAGCUGCAGGGUUAGACAUCGACUCGCAGUUCAACCCCAAAUAUGCUGACUUGCGCGCUCGCAGGCUGUUCUCGACCUUCCCCAUAGCCAUCAGUAUUGCUGUGCUAUUUGUCUUUAUCAGAUGUAUAUAUCGUCUGGUGGAGCUCUCUGAGGGCUGGACAGGGUUCCUGAUUGAGCACGAAGUUUACUUCAUGAUUCUAGAUGCCCUGAUGAUGUGUCUUGCAAUUUUACUGAUGACCAUAUACCACCCGGGCUUUGUGUUCGGCAGGGACAGCUAUAUCCCAGUCAAGGGUAUGAAACUGGGCAGAAAGAAGCAUAUUGAUGCUUUGGACCAGGAGAUGGAGCAGCAGAAGCAUCAGGAAACGCAAGAAAUUCGCCGCAACAGUAUUGAAGAAAGCAGUCUACUAUCAUGA